AUAUAAACAAAUGAAAACUUUUAAUUGCUCUCAAAACUUACAUAGAAAAAGGAAUAAAAUAAGUGAAAAUGCACAGUAGUUUUAAUGUUAAUAUGCCAAGUUGGUUAUUUCCUGGCAUGAGAGCAAUUUACCAACAACUCUUUGGCAUUUAUCGUGAGUCAAAUCCACUUGUAAUAUCUACGGUAAACAAAAUAUGGCAGUUUUCGAAUAGCAAUGAGCCAUUAGAUUACAUCUUUAUAUAUGCAAAUCCGGGUUCACCUCAAGAAGAAGUUCCACAACAUUGGCAUUAUGUUAGCUUAGGUCUCUCUGACUUAUAUGGUGACUCAAGAAUUCAUCCACUUGAUCCAUCAGUGUCAUCUGAACGAGUUUCUGGUAUGGGAUUUGAACUCACAUUUCGACUUAAAAGACAUGAAGAAGUAACACCUCCGUCUUGGCCAGCACAACUUCUUCAACAACUUGCGAAAUAUGUUUUUAUGUCGAGAAAUAAAUUUUAUCCCGGUGAUCACAUUCCCUGGAAUAAACCUUUGGAUGGUAAUGAAGCAACAAGAAUUCGUCAUUUACUUGUAGCAAUGGAUUGUCAACUGAAAAAGAUAAAAACUAUUCUUGGACAUGUUACGUUUUGUCAAAUUGUUGGAGUAACUGAUGAAGAGUUGAAUCGUGCUCAGUCUUACAAUGUCAAAGGAAUUUUAAAUCUGCUGAGAAAGGAUCCAAAAACUGGUGGAAUGUCACUUUGCACUGAUAUGCGACGGAUGCACAGUGUCUUUGAUUUAUUUCCACAAACUGUUCAAAUGUUAGAAGAUGAUUUGGAACGUGAAGGAAGCGAUUUGGCAGGAAUUGAUGCUGAGUUUUUCUACCGAGAACUUCCAAAAAUUGCCAUUAAAACCUCACUUUGCCUCACAAUGUCUGAUUCAGAUCGGUCACUCGAUUUCACACGUGACUUAAGACGAUUAGAUCUCAGAACAAGUGCUGAACUUAACGCUCAUCAUUCGGCAUCUUCUCCAUUCGUUCCAUUUUCUCAUCGUGGACCAAUAUUUCUGGACGGAGUUGAAGUCAUUUUCAGUCCAACAACGGCUAAAUUUCUGAAGCUGGCAUUUAGAGAUCGUUUGCGUCACGGCCAUCAUUUCACGUUUCAAAACCCUGACACACAUUUAACUCUUGUAGCAGAAACUGUUCAAGGAUGUUUCGUUACAAAAGAUCAACCGUAUGCAAUCAGUGGUAAAUGGCUUCAAAUCAGAAUCGAUUCUGACUUACUUAUGACAAUCAUUGGACAAAUGAAAGAUUUAGAUCCUGAAAAGAUUUCAACACUUCCACUUCCACUAGUGUUUGAUUAUCCCGAGAAAAAUUUACGCUUUAUUGUUAACACAUUAUCAGCAAGUAGCAUGAUACAUUGAAAGUGCCAUUGAAUGAAUUUUACGCUUUGAACAAUCAAAAAAGUUUUAUUUCUUCAUUUAUUGAUGAAAUAUUUAAAGAAAAAGACUUUGAAGAACAUAAAUGUCAUUGAUAAAAAAAGAAAUCUUCCAAUUUGUGACUUAAUAAUAAUUUCUACUCAUAAUAAUAAGAUAAUAGCUUAAUAAUUGUAUUUUCGUAAUGAAUUGAUGAUAAAUGUUAAAUAUUUGUCUUCCUCAAGAAUCUUAUUACAAUGCUUCCAUGAUGUGCCUGAAACAUUAAUCUCAAAUCUUUUUAUUUUUCUAUUAUUAAAAAAAAUGUUAAUCAAAAAGAACGACUGCGAACAAAUAAAAAAGCUAAUAAAAAUGCAAUAAAAUUACAAUUUAUCGCUGAUCACAUUUAAG